AAAACUGGCUACACUGCCCUGCAGCAUCGACACACGACCCGCUUCCGAGCUACGCUCAGUUUGUAUCGCAUUGUCAACGCGCUCAGAUUAAAGAAUAAAGUACUCCGUUUUAUAGUUGUUCUAAUCGCGGCGUUUUAUUACCAAGCACCUCAUUGGUGACCCCGACGUUCGCCGGCUCAAAUAUUUAUAGGAACGUGCAAAAAAGUAAGGAAACACACAAAUCAAUACACUUGGGCGCAACUGGCUGUGUGUCGAUUUUUUGCUUUCGUUUGCAGACCGCCAUUGUAGCUGCCUACACGUUGGAAUUUCGCCAAGGCGCCCACCAGCAGCACCCAAAAUAAGAUGGCGGACGAACAACGUUUGAAAGACGAAAUCGCUCAUCUACAGGACCAGCUGCGAGUAGCCCGAGCAGCCGCUGCAAACAACCCGCCCGUCGUGAACAGCGGUACCGAUGUCAACAACGCUGCCGGCGGUACUGUAAACAAAGUUGCAAUAAAAAUCGGGCCAUUCUGGAAGCGUGACCCAACUCUUUGGUUUGCUCAGCUAGAGGCGCAAUUCACGCUGAAUCAAGUAACUCGCGAGGACACGCGCUACUUCCACGUCCUCGCUGCCAUCGAUUCGGAGAUAUUGGCAUGCUGCUCGGACAUCAUCCGAGAUCCACCGGCGAAUGGAAAGUACUCAGCGUUAAAGGACAGAAUUAUCAGCGAGUACAGCACCAGCGAGCAGAAUCGUAUGCAGCAGCUACUACGUGGGUGCGAACUCGGCGAUCGCAAACCUUCGCAACUACUACGCGAAAUGAGGGAUCUCGCCAGGGAUGUCAUCACCGACGAGAAAAUCAUUAAGUCGUUGUGGAUGCAGCAGCUCCCUGAAACGACACAAGCUGUUCUAAAGGUCUCGGAAGCCACUCUCCAAUUGGCGCAGCUAGCUGAACAAGCGGAUAAACUUGCGGACAUCACCAGAACGCGAUCAAUAUCCUCCGCUGGAACGACGUGGGAGGACAACAAGGACAUCGGAUUCGAGGAACUACGCAAACAAAUUUCUGUCCUUUCCGACGAAAUUGCCGCUUUUCGUCAAGAGCGUGGCAGACCCCGCAGCAGGAGUUUCAGCAGAUUUCUUGGUGGUACCCGAAGUGGCUCACGAGGAAAUCAUCCGUAUUGUUUCUACCACAGAAAAUUUGGCGCCAACGCGAGAAGCUGCCGAUCACCCUGCCAAUUUAAGCAAAAAAACUAGAGCAGC